AUGUCAAACGUCACUUUCGACGAUCCCAGUCUCCGUUUCCCUCCCUCUUUCCGUAGCUGGACCGAAGUAAUCACUAAAACGAUCACCUGGAACUUGACCGGCGCCGCCCUCGCCGGUUGCCUCUCCAAUCUCCGCUACGUUCCUCGCGACCGCCAGUGGAAGUACUUCCGGGAGGUUCUCCACUUCCUCUACUCGCCGACCUACCCGACCGGCCAGCUCCUCCUAAAUGCCGUAAAGGUAGGACGUUCACUCUGGGACGGAAAACCUCCGGGAGGGGACUGGCAGUACUACUUGAGCUGUGUCGCAGGCAUGGAAGCGGCCGUAGAAGAAUCUCCCCCUGGCCGCCCACCGACGCGCUUCGUCCCACUCAUAGUGGUACAACCAGGCGUCGCCCGGCGUGAGACGCAGCAUCGUGAUGCAUGGUGGGUGGGGACGCUCAUCCCGCCGUUAUAUGUCUUCGCGCAGUGCCUGGGUCAGCUCAUCGCCUUCUCCCACCGCUCCGAAAAGGAAGCCAUCUGGGCCCUCGACUCACGGAACUUGUUGACAACCAUAGGAAUUCUCGGCGCGGUGCUCAAUACCUGGAUCAUCAGCAUCCCAAAUCUGGCCUGGAGUGUCCCCCCGGAAACUGAUCCCGAGCCAGUCGCCCCGGAAGGUGAGGAGCUCAGGACGGAAGUCAACGCCUUGCGCGUCGCGUGCCUCCUUAUGUUGCUUGUAUCCUCUCACUCAGACCAUGAGAAUGGGAAGAUCAUACGAGAUGGAUGGCUCCGCGGAUUGAGCCCUGGCUUUGUCGUGGCGUAUUCCUUGGUUGCUUUGGGCGUGGGUAGGGAGGUAAGGAACAGGUUGGUUGCGUGGCAUUCCAGGGACAGGCCUCCGGUGGAGAUAGAGUUUCCAGAGUUUCUGGGGUGUCUGAUGUUCCACGCGGGUGGGAUUCUACUACUUGCAAUUGAGCUGGCUAAGGAUGUGGAUAAGUUUCAGGGGUGUCCAGAAAGCUGUGUUAUUCCGGCGAACAAGAGAUAUUUCUGGAAAGACCCAUGGGAAGCGGUGCUGUUUAUUUAG